CUUAUUUGACUCACACUCUCCUUCCCACUUUGAACUAUCUCUCUAUCUCUCUCCAACACACAAAGAAACUUCCUCCCAACAACUCCUUCAUCAAAAUUUUCCAAAACAACCAACUUUUAUAACUCGCCGGAGAACCACCAUGAACCACCACCACUUCUCUGAACUCCGGCCACCAUCCACUUUCUAAAACAAUGCUACAUACAAAACAAAAGUUUCAAAUUCUUAACCAUACCCCACCUUAAAAAUAAAUAAAAAAUUCCACACAUACCCACAAGUUUUUUCAACUCAUUUCACUAAAAUAUUAUACCAAAAUCAAGAAAUCUUGAAACUUGACCUCAAAAUCAAGAAAAGCUUGAAACUUUAGUUGUUAUAAUGGCAACGGAGGCCAGUACAGUCAACACUGACCAAAACCCACAAAAACCCACAUCGCCAAAUUCACUCCCACCACCGGAGUCAACGGGGUCAACGCCGGUCAAGACUGUGAACAAAAGAUAUGAAGGGCUUGUAAUGGUCCGUACAAAAGCUAUAAAAGGGAAGGGAGCAUGGUAUUGGUCACAUCUUGAACCCAUUCUUGUUCAUAAUCCAGAUACCGGUUCACCAAAAGCUGUCAAGCUCCGGUGCUGUUUAUGUGGUGCAGUUUUCUCAGCUUCAAAUCCGUCAAGAACAGCUUCUGAGCAUCUGAAACGUGGGACUUGCCCAAAUUUUAGCUCUGAUUCAAACCCACAACCGAUUUCUUCUGUUUCGCCUUCUGGAAUGAUGAAUUUAACAUCUCCGGCGAGUUCUUCCUCGCCGCAAAACCACCGGAAACGGAGCUCCGGCGGAAGGAAUCGGACCUCUGCCGCUCAGUCGGUUUCUCCGAUCACUAUGGUUGAACCGGCUAGGUUUUCUGUUGAUGGGCCUUACCCGGCCCAUUUGACCCGACCAGACGCGGUUCCUGCAUUGCCGGCGCCGGUGAGUGUUAGUAUAAGUAGUGGUAGUGGAUUGUACUCUAUGCAUCAUCAGCAGUACCAUCAGUUGUCAGGUGGGAAAGAUGAUUUAGGUGCUUUAGCAAUGUUGGAAGAUAGUGUGAAAAAACUCAAGUCCCCGAAAACAUCACCACCUGGUCAAACGUUGACCAAGUCACAAAUUGAUUCAUCACUUGAUUUAUUAGCAGAUUGGGUGUAUGAAAAUUGUGGGUCUAUUUCUUUUUCAAGUUUAGUCCAUCCAAAGUUCAAGUCUUUUUUGACUUCACUUGGGUUACCCGAGUUAACCCGGAGAGAACUAGCCGGAGACCGGUUGGACUCGAAGUACUUAAGUGCGAAAACCGAGUCCGAGGCUCGAAUUCGGGAGGCAAUGUUCUUUCAAGUUUCAUCAGAUGGAUGGAAACAAAAGAGUAAUAAUUCAGGUGAAAAUAAGUUAGUGAAUUUGUUUGUAAAUUUGCCUAAUGGAACUAGUGUGUUUAGAAGAGGUGUGUUUGCUAAUGGCUAUGUCUUUUCAAAAUAUGCUGAGGAUGUUUUAAUGGAAACAAUUAUGGAAAUAUGUGGGAAUAAUUUGCAACAAUGUGUAGGGAUUGUUUCUGAUAAGUUUAAGUCAAAAGCUUUAAGGAAUCUUGAAAACCAGCAUCAAUGGAUGGUUAAUAUUUCAUGCCAAUUUCAAGGGGUUAAUAGUUUGAUUAGAGAUUUUAGCAAGGAAUUGCCAUUGUUCAAGAACGUGAGUGAUAAUUGUUAUAAAGUAGUGACCUUUGUGAAUACAAAUUCUCCAGUUAGGAAUUCUUUUCUCAAGUAUCAGUUUCAAGAAUCAGGUCGAGCCCGGUUGUUAAGGGUGUCUUUCGGUAGCGAGUUUGAAUUCGAACAUGUUUUUGAUAUGGUAGAUGAUUUGUUAACUUAUGCUAGGGUGUUGCAAAUGGUUUUUCUUGAUGAGAGUUAUCAAAAAGUUUCAAUGGAGGAUCAAACGGCUAGGGAGAUUGAAGAAACAUGGAGAAAUCCUCAUUUUUGGAGGGAAAUGGAGGCGGUCCAUUCAUUGGUUAAGUUGAUUAAAGGCAUGGCUCAUGAGAUUGAGAAAGAAAGACCGCGAAUUGGGCAAUGUUUGCCUCUUUGGGAGGAACUUAGAGUGAAAAUCAAGGAAUGGUGUUUGAAGUAUCAAAUGAAUGAGAUUCAUGUGGAAAAGGUUUUUGAUAAAAGGUUUAAGAAAAACUAUCAUCCUGCUUGGGCAGCUGCGUUUAUACUUGAUCCGUUUUAUCUGAUUCGAGAUAGAAGUGGCAAGUAUUUGCCUCCUUUCAAAUGCUUAACCCCAGAGCAAGAAAAGGAUGUUGACAAGCUUAUAACACGCCUUGUGUCGCGAGAAGAAGCUCAUAUUGCUUUAAUGGAGCUAAUGAAAUGGCGAACGGAUGGGCUUGAUCCAGUUUAUGCUCAAGCCGUGCAACUCAAACAAAGAGAUCCCCUCACGGGUAAAAUGAAAAUAGCAAACCCACAGAGUAGUAGGCUCGUUUGGGAAACUUACUUAACCGAGUUCAAUUCUUUGAGGAAAGUCGCGGUGAGGUUGAUCUUUCUUCAUGCAACUUCAUGUGGGUUCAAAUGGAAUUGGUCUUUUCCAAAAUGGGCGCAAUCAAGAAACGCAAUGGAAAAGGCCCAAAAGUUGAUCUUCAUCGCGGCUCAUUCAAGGCUCGAGAAGCAGGAGUUUUCGGAUGAUAAUGAUAAAGAUGCGGACUUCUUUGCAAUGGCUAAUGGUGACGAUGAUAUGGUGAAUGAGGUUAUGUUUGAUGCACCUACACCGUAAAAAUUCCAUCUUUUACUUGCCUUUUGAUUAUAUUAUUCAUAGUUUAUUUAUUCAGGAUUUAUUUUUUCUUGGCUAUUUAUUUUAAUCUCUAUUGUAGAUGAUUUUGGUACCAUUCCUUGAGGGUGAAAUGGUAAAUUUUGUGAGAAA